AUGGCCUUAUCGACACCGCCGCCGUCGGCACCAGUCUUCAGCGUCACAAAGGCAGCGCAGCCGCCUCCGGGACAACCAGAUAUUGCAUAUCAUCCGGACUGGGACAAAUACCAGGCUCGGACGGCUCGCCGCCUGAAGACUGAAACUCUACCCUCAGAGUUGCCUGAGGGAUUCCCCAAAAAGCUGACUGGUGCACUUGUAUGGGAUGGAGCAACUCUCGCGAAAGAAUACGACUGGACAUAUGUACUGUCCCACGAGCAGCUUGACGAAAUAGACAAGGCUGUGAAACACUUUCAAUCACUCAAUUUGGCCUUUGGGUAUAUCACGCAGGAAACCUUUCCCCUACCCAACCUCCAUGACGAACUUCGACGGCUGUCCCGCGAGCUGCACUUUGGCCACGGUUUCUUCGUCCUUCGUGGUUUGGAUGUGGACAAGUACACGCGUGAGGAGAACAUCAUCAUUUACGCUGGCGUCUCCUCCCAUAUCGGCUCAGUCCGUGGCCGGCAGGAUGCCUACUUUGAGGGCAAGCGUGCUGACGUAGUUGUCGGGCACAUUCGCGAUGUCAGGUCUGGGCUUGGCAAAGGCCGUGACAGUGCCAAGAUCAAGAUUGGCACCCCAGCAUACACCUCGGACAAGCAGGUCUUCCAUACAGAUUCGGGCGACAUCGUCUCCCUUUUCGCGCUGUCUACCGCUGCCGAGGGUGGUGCCAGCCGCCUCGCCAGCACGUGGCAGGUGUAUAAUCACCUUGCAGCCACGAGACCCGACCUCAUCCACACCUUGAGCAGUAUCUGGGUUGCCGAGCUGUUUACCAAGACUGUUGACGACAAGGACCGUUACAUGAGCCGACCGCUGCUCUACCACACACCAGCCAGCGCUGACGGCAAGACGCCAGAUCGGGUCCUCCUGCAGUACGGCCGACGGUACUAUGUUGGUUUCGGCGAACUGCCGCGGUCUAGCCACCUGCCUCCUAUUUCCGAGGCACAGGCCGAGGCUUUGGACGCGUUACACUUCCUUGGUGAACGAUUCAGCGGAGACAUGCAGUUUGUAAACAAUGUGGCCAUAUUCCACGCCCGCGAUGGAUACACCGACUCUGAAGAGACGCAGAGACACCUGCUUCGGAUCUGGAUCCGGGAUCCUGAGUAUGCUUGGGAAACGCCCAAACCUCUGGCCUCAAGGUGGGAUCGUGUGUAUGGCGGCGUGACACCGGAACUCCAGACAUUUCCCCUUCAGCCGCACACGAGGAGCGAGAGCACGCCGGCAAAUAAGUAG